AACAAUGACUGUUUCCGAGCCUCUCAAGUUCCCCUUCCUUCGGGAGUCGGGCCUGAAGCCGCCGGCCGAGUUUGCUCGUCUUCGUUCGACCGAUCCGCUAUCCAAAGUCCGACUCUUUGACGGUACCCUUGCGUGGCUUGCAACAAAGUACGACGACGUCUGCUUCGUGGCCACAGAUGAUCGGCUUUCGAAGGUCCGAGCACGGCCCGGAUUCCCCGAGCUGAGUGCAGGCGGCAAAGAAGCGGCCAAGGCAAAGGCGACGUUCGUCGACAUGGACGCCCCAGACCACAUGCACCAGAGGGGCAUGGUGGAAAAGUUCUUUGAUGCAAACUAUGUCAACAAGCUACGACCAUACAUCCAAAAGACGAUUGAUGAUCAUUUGGAUGCCAUCAAGGCCAGGGGAUGCGAGGACGGUCCCAUCGAUCUGAUCAAGGAGUUUGCGCUCCCUAUCCCCUCAUAUGUCAUCUACCACAUCCUUGGUGUUCCGCCUGAAGACCUGGAGAAGUUGACUGAAAAGAACGCCAUCCGCUCAAACGGAAGCGGCACAGCCCGAGAGGCAUCUGCGGCUAGCCAGGAGUUGCUCGAGUACCUCGCCGCCCUGGUCGAGGAACGCUCCAGGGAGCCGAAGAACGACCUCAUCAGCACCCUUGUCACCGAGCAGGUGAUUCCCGGCCAUAUCGACAGGUCUGACGCUGUGCAAAUUGCAUUCCUGCUCCUCGUUGCAGGAAACGCUACCAUGGUGAACAUGAUUGCUCUUGGUGUCGUCACGCUGUUCCAAAACCCUUCUCAGCUUGAGCAACUGAAGAACGAUCCAUCGCUUGCUCCCGCUUUCGUCAAGGAGCUUACUCGGUUCCACACUGGGUCUGCUCUGGCAAUGAAGCGGACAGCCAAGGUUGACGUGGAGUUGCACGGCAAACUCAUCAAGGCCGGCGAGGGCAUCAUUGCGUCCAAUCAGUCUGCCAACCGAGACGAGGAUGUCUUCGAGGACCCAGACACCUUCGACAUGAACCGAAAGUGGCCUGUCGACAAGGAUCCGCUCGGUUACGGCUUCGGCGACCAUCGCUGCAUUGCAGAGCUGCUGGCGAACACGGAGCUCACUUUGGUCUUUUCUACUCUAUUCCAGAAAUUGCCCAACCUGACAUUGGAUCAGAGCCCCGAGGACGUGAAGUGCACGCCUCUUCACAAGGAUGUGGGCAUUGUUGAGCUGCCUGUGCGAUUUUAAGUCAUGUUUUAAUGGCGGCUGAUUCUCUCCAACUGUAUGCUUGAACAAUCCCCGCUACGUACAUGUAUAUAAAGUGGUGCGUUUUUGCACUUUUAAGACUGU